CCGGUAAUCUGGCCAGCAGGGGGGCGAGAUAUUCCACUUUUUUUUCUAACAUAUUUUGCAUUUAGUCAGCUUCUUUGCGCGCUGAGCCUCAGUGGAAGCUAAAAAACCAAAGCCCAGACUGAGCGGUGAGCUGGCAGCGGACCGUCCCGGGGCAGGUCCUGACGCUGCGUCGCCAAGAGUCCGGAGGCUGAGGUUUGUGUGGACAUUUCUGGGAAAACCUCCAAACGCUCACAUUUGCCAAAAAGGGGGAAACCUGGGAAGAGCCACGGUUUUUCCCUACACAGUCCCAGCGCAGGUUUUUCAGACCACAUUUUGUCGGAGGUUCUUCCUUCCUGCGCGCAGAGGAUCGACUCAGAGUUUGCUGGAAAUAAGCGAUGACUGAGGAUUAAUUGGACCUUAAGCUGCAAGAGCGCAAAAGAACUGGGUGUUCUGGAGAUGGUUUAAAACUUUUUGGAGUUCAUUCAUUUUAGCCGCUGCUGAGGGAUUCUUCAACACCAGGUCUGGAUGUUUGGAGAUGAUCUGUGCUGCUGAGAUGAAGUUGUGGAUGUAACUCUUUACGCACAAACUACUUUCCCCCCCGCAGUGUCUGUGAUUUCCUGAGCAGAAGGCAUGCUCACAAAGUGAUCCCUGGCUGACUAUUAUGCGCCGAUCCUGCGCACUGAACGUCCUCAUCUGGAAUUAAUUGAUUAACAAAUGCACUAAAGACGCGCCAGGCUCGAGGCUCCACCGCGGGAUCUGUAUCUUCAGCCGACUUCAACUCCACCAGAAUGAGGGCUUUUGUUUUCACUGUGGCUCUGGUAUGUCUGCUCACCUGGACCCAAGCCGACAAACACACUCACCUCAAGCGGGUGCAGAUGCAUCGACGCGCCCGGCUGGGACGAACCCAUCUGGGCACAACGGACAAGGAGCGCGUCGUCGGACGUUUGCGCCCCGGAUCCAGGUCUGCCAUCUCGGUGCACAGCUCCAAGGGGGCGGAAGAUGUUCAGGCUGACGAGGCUGUUUCUCCCGUCAGGACAUGGGCCGGGCAGGGCAGGAGAGCAGGGGGUCCGGUGCCAAGGAGAGGGGGCACCGGGCAGGUCGGUUUGCCCCGUCAGGCGGAGAUGCUGCAGGAUGAGGGGACUCCAGGAGCCAGAGCCAGAGUCACCAGGAUGCCCAGCAGCUCGGGGUCUCCUAACCUGCUGGCCAGUUUCGCAGGGAAGAACCGGGUGCUGGUGAUCUCUGCGCCCCAUGACUCAGACGGAUACUACCGGCUCAUGAUGUCUCUCCUGAAGCCAGACGUUUACUGCGAGCUGGCGGAGAGACACGUCCACCAGAUCGUCAUGUUCCACCAGGAGGGAGAGAUGGGAGGCAGGGUGAGGAGAAUCACCACGGAGGGGAAGGUGAUGGAGGAGCCGCUGGACACUGCCCUCAUCCCCAGACUCAUGAGCUUCCUCAAGCUGGAGAAAGGUAAGUUCGGGAUGGUGCUGCUGAAGAAGACCCUGCAGGUGGAGGAGAGGUACCCCUACCCGGUCAGGCUGGAGGCCAUGUAUGAGGUCAUCGACCAGUCGCCCAUGAGGAAGCUGGAGAAGCUUCGCCAGAAAGGCUUCGUCCAGAAGUGUAAAGCAGCAGGUGUGGAGGGGCAGGUGGAGGAGGGAACUCUCUCAGUUCCUGACACUCCUGUAGAAAGAAAACCAAUGAAAAAGAUGCCAAGAAAGCCAACACAGGCCUCAACAACAGCCACAACAACAACAACCACCACACGACCAACAACAACAACCACACGACCAACAACAACAACUACAACCACCACCCAGCCCAUGACUCCCACAACCAGAGCAACCACAACCACAACCAAAGCCACGACAACAACCACCGAACCCACCACGACCACCACCAGAAGAACCACCACCACCACAAGAAGACCCACAACCACCACCACCCAGAGGGCCACCAGGGCCCACACCACGGCGCUGUGGCUCCCAGCCCCCAGAACCACCGCCGAUCCCUACUACUACAGCCGCAGAGACAGGGACAGGUACCCGUCUAAGACCACCCCGGCUGGAGAUAACCGAACCGACAAAGACAACCGAGAUCCACACAGCCGCAAGCUGGUACCUGCAACACAUAAACCCUCCAAGAUGAAACCCACCAAGAAGAAGACCAGCACAGAGAAGGUGUUGACUAACGAGUACGAGGACAAGUACGAGCCCAGCAGGCCAACGGUGAGCGACCCCGAGGAGGCAGAAACCUUCACCGACGUCAGUCCCACCAAGAGGGUGAAGGGAAAACACGACAAGCACGACAAGAAGAAGAAAAAGACCGACAAGGCAGCCAAGAAAGCUGAGAGGAGAGGAGGGAAGGCGGGGAAGGAGGGAAAGAUCGGGGGCAAGAAAAAUGGAAAGAAGCUGUCCAAGUACCCAGAGAAGGAGGACUACCCAAAGCCCACGAAGAAGCCGACGCCUCCUCCAAAGGGCUCGCUGGCCUCCUUCCUGGACUACUUUGAGAACAGGAGGCGGCUGCUGCUGAUUACGUCCCCCAGCGAGGAGAACAGUAUGUAUGUUCAGCAGAGAGACGAGUAUCUGGAGUCUGUGUGUGAGAUGGCCAUCAGGAAGGUUUCUAUCAUCACCAUCUUUGGCUCCCUGACAAACUCCACCAUGAAGAUCGACCACUAUCAGAUAGAGAAUGACAAGCCGAUGAAGGGUCUUCGUCAGGAGGAUCUGGUGAACCAGGAGCUGAUCACGGAGCUGAGGAAAGAGUUCAGUAUGACGUACGAUGAGUUCUACAUGGUCCUCACCGACACCGACAUGAGAGUCAAGCAAUCCUAUGAAGUUCCCAUCGCCAUGAAGGCCGUGUUCGACUACAUCGACACCUUCUCGUCCCGCAUCCGAGAGAUGGAGCAGCAGAAAAGAGAUGGAGUCGUUUGUAAGAAAGAAGACAAGCCCAGAUCACUGGAGAACUUCCUGUCCAGGUUCCGCUGGAGACGUCGGCUGUUCAUCAUCUCGGCCCCCAGCGACGAGGAGUGGGCCUACCAGCAGCAGCUCUACGCCCUGACCAGCCAGGCCUGCAACCUGGGUCUGAGGCACAUCGCCAUUCUGAAGUUGGUUGGCACAGAGGCGCCGGAUAUGGGCGGAGUCUUGGAGCUGUAUCCAAUCAACGGAACUGCUACCGUGGAGCGUGAAGGUCUCUCGGCCACCCUGGUGAAGGACAUGAGGAACUACUUCCAGGUGAGCCCGGAGUACUUCUCCAUGCUGCUGGUGGGGAAGGACGGCAACGUCAAGUCCUGGUACCCGUCGCCCAUGUGGUCCAUGGCCAUCAUCUACGACCUGGUGGACUCUAUGCAGCUACGCAGGCAGGAGAUGGCCAUCCAGCAGUCGCUCGGCAUGCGCUGCCCCGAGGACGAGUACGGCGGCUACGGCUACCACCAGCACGGAUACGAACACGGCUACCAGGACGGCUACCACCAGGGUUACGGUUACUAGCAGGUAACCGAGGUUGCACACUGCCUCUUUGUGCUUUUUUCCCCCAUCUUUCCUCCCAUUCCUGCUCCAGCCGCAGACGGAUCGAGCUCCUUGAAUGUUUCGUAGCGCUCAGUGGAAGAUUCCAACCUGCUUCCACCUCUCCGGUUCUUUCAGUGUAGCGCAUAGUAAGCUGCAGGUAAUUUCUAGAUGAGCCUGGAGGUUCAGGGAUGUGCCGUGUACUUUAGUUGUUUUUUGCCAUUUUUCCCAAACACGUCAGUACAUCAUCUGUCAUCUUGCCUUCCAGGUCAAACUUGCAAACAUAUUUUCAGCACAGAUCUUUUUUUUUUUUUUUUUUUUUUGUAGAUAACAGGCUAAAGUAAGACAUGUAUUUAUUGGACAUCUGUCGCAUUCGAGGUGAAAUUACCGAUGAUUUUCUCAAAACAAAAACAAGCUGUCAUGUUAUUUCUCUUUUGUAUAGUUUCUGUUGCUAUACGUUGUUCUUAUUUAUACUCUGUUGGCUAUAUGACAAAUAAACAUUUGUUUACCAGUAA